UCUACGAACGCGCUCCACGUGAGGGUUUUUUUAUUAUGUUUCGAAUCUGAUGCGCAACAGAAAUAUUGUUCCAAAAACGUUUUUUUAUAGAAAAUUUCCGAAUACCGAUAUAAAAAUUCGAUCUGCAAAAUCUCUUGCAACUCACUCUCUCUCGCAGUGAUUCUAGGGUUUUGGACUUCUUCUCAAAUCUCUCUCGUCUCGAUCAAAUCCGCUGUAAUUUUUGAUCGACUCGGUACUUGAAUUUGGCAAUGGAAGUCGUCGCUUCAGCUCCGGGCAAAGUUUUGAUCACCGGCGGUUACCUGGUUCUAGACAGGCCCAAUGCUGGGCUGGUUCUGAGCACCACUGCUCGAUUCUACGCGAUAGUGAAGCCUCUUCAUGACGAGAUCAAACCCGAGAGCUGGGCUUGGUCAUGGACUGAUGUGCGAGUUACAUCUCCCCAGCUUUCCCGGGAAGCUACGUACAAGCUUUCUCUUAAGAACUCAGCCCUUAAAUGUACCUCCUCGAGAUUUCAGGCAAUCAGUAAACCCUUUUGUGGAACAAGCUGUGCAGUAUUCUGUUGCAGCUUCGAAUGUUGUCUCUUCUAGCGAGGAGGGAAGGAAGGAUGCAUUACAAAAACUCCUUUUACAGGGUCUAGAUAUUACCAUCUUAGGCAGCAAUGAUUUUUAUUCAUACCGGAAUCAGAUUGAGGCAUGUGGACUUCCUUUGGCACCGGAAUCACUGGCUGCAAUUCCACUCUUCUCUUCAAUUACAUUUAAUGUGGAAGAGGCCAACGGGGCUGCUGGGAAAUGCAAACCUGAUGUUGCUAAGACUGGUCUAGGAUCAUCAGCAGCAAUGACCACAUCUGUGGUUGCAGCUCUGCUUCAUUACCUUGGAGCUGUUAAUCUCCCAUUGACAACGAAAAGUAUGCCUGAACAGAAGUCUUUGGAUUCAGAUCUUGAUUUGGUACAUAUCAUAGCUCAGAGUGCUCAUUGCAUAGCUCAAGGGAAAGUUGGCAGUGGUUUUGAUGUCAGUGCUGCUGUUUAUGGCAGUCAAUGCUAUGUCCGAUUUUCCCCUGCAGUUCUUUCUUCUGCUCAGGUUACAGGAGGAAACAAUUUGGCAAUCAUUGGUGAUGUUCUUAAGGAGAAGUGGGACCAUGAGAAGUCGAAGUUCUCUUUGCCUCCAUCAAUGACUCUUCUGCUAGGGGAACCAGGUGCUGGAGGUUCCUCUACUCCAUCCAUGGUAGGUUCAGUGAAGCAGUGGCAGAAGGCUGAUCCUCAGAAAUCUCAGGAAACAUGGAGAAGAUUGGCUGAUGCUAAUUCAAAGCUUGAGACACAAUUCAAAAUAUUAAACAAAUUUGCAGGAGAACGACGUGAGACAUACAACCAGAUUAUAAGCAGUUGCAGUGCUCAUGUUCAUUCCAAGUGGAUGGAGCAAGUUGCUGAUCAACAUCAGAAGUCAGUCAUAAAAACAUUGCUGGAGGCGAGAGAUGCUUUCCUUGAGAUCAGGUUUCAUAUGCAACAGAUGGGUAAUGCUGCAGGGGUUCCAAUAGAACCAGAAUCACAAACUCGACUUCUGGAUGCCACCAUGAGUAUGGAAGGAGUUCUGUUAGCUGGAGUUCCCGGAGCAGGCGGCUUUGAUGCAGUUUUUGCAAUCAUUCUUGGAGAAUCCACUGAUGCUGUAAGCAAAGCAUGGAGCUCACGGGGGGUUUUGCCCUUGUUAGUUCGAGAAGAUCCUCGCGGCGUGUCACUGGAAACAAGCGACCCCAGAGCCAAUGGGCUUACAUCGGCCGUUUCUUCUGUGAAAUUAAACUAAUUCGAUAUUGUUGUUUUAAAAUGUAACUGAGGAUGAUUUAUUGAAACGUGGUUGAGGUGCACAAUCACAUCGUGAUGAGCAGCUUCAAGCUUGGCAGCACAACAUGAAGAGUUAUUUUCUUUAAUCUAUUCAUGGGCUCAGCUGUAUUAUAUUAACUUAUUGUUUGCUUGGAUAGGCCUAGUUGGGGUCUCAUAUUGUAAUAAUAUCCAAACUUUAUGAUACAUGUUCAGUAGGGAGUUUUUUGAAUAAAUAAUUAUUGUAAAAGCAAAAUGGUUUAGAAAUAA